CUCCCAAACUUCUCUUCUUUUCUGGUUCUCUCUUUCCUCUUUGUAUUUUUUAUUCAAAAGCCAAUUCCCAAUUUCCCACCAAAGCUUACCUAUCACUUUUGGCGCAAUCCGGAGAUUCUCUCCGCCGUCGUCAUGUCGCCUUCCGGCGAAUCGACGAACGGUUCUCGUUGCUCAUCAUGCAUCUCUGGUGACAUAUAUGGCGACGAUUUCCGUAAAUCGGAUGAGUUUACAUGCAAACAAUGCAAAAAUUCCGAUUCGAAAUCUAAAUCGAAAUCGGUUAAUGAUUCAGAGAAGCUUCGAAGAAUCAUCGUCGCUUCCGUCAAAGGAUUCACUAUAGGUACUGGUUUAAAAGGUGGAUUAGCGAUUUUCUCAAUCGUCGCUCGUUUCGCUCGUCGCCGUAGAUCUUCUCUUCAAUCGAGGAAAACCGGAGAGUUUUCGAAUAGUGAAGCUAUUGCUAUGGGGAUUAAGGAGACAUUAAGAUAUGGAUUGUUCUUAGGAACUUUUGCUGGGACUUUUGUUUCAGUAGAUGAAGCUAUUGCUGCUUUAGCAGGAGACAAGAGAUUUGAUCACUGUGAAGUAAUUUAUCUGAAUCCAGAACUGCAAAGUGGAGGGCCCUGUUUGCUGGAUUGGUGGCUGGACCAUCUAUGCUUCUCACAGGGCCAAAUACGCAACAUACGAGUUUGGCUGUUUAUAUAUUGAUGCGUGCUGCGGUUCUUGCAUCGCGGUGCGGUAUUAAAAGUAAACGGUUUGGUUCCAUAUGCAAGCCGCUUACUUGGAAACAUGGCGAUUUAUUUCUCAUGUGUCUCUCAUCUUCACAGAUUUUGUCUGCUUACAUUUUGAAACAAGAAAGUCUUCCUUCAUCGUACAAGUCUUUCCUUAACAAACAAGGUGGGAAGGAUCUUUCUAUCUUACAAGGCGUAAAAGAUAUCGCAAGCGCCCAACCGUUCACUAAUCUAAGAGCGAUUGAGAAAUAUUACAAGUCUGUUGGAGUUGAUAUCAAACUAGAUCCUAACAUGAAAGUCCCCUGUUCGAUAAUACAUGGAAAUGAGUCAUGUGUUAAGCAUGGUAUUACAUUUUUCCUUCAAGCUUACAAGAGGGCGUUACCUGUCUAUGUCCCUGUCUAUUUGAUUCCAGCGCUAAUCGUUCAUCGUCAAGACCUGCUAAAAAAGCAAUACUCUAUACUUGGCAAGGGUCUUCUGGGCACAGCAAGAUCAAGUUUGUUUCUCGCUACUUACUGCUCUUCUGCCUGGGCUUGGACUUGCCUACUUUUCCGGACUUUUGAGACAUGCAACAUACCGCUUGUGGCCAUAGCAACGUUCCCAACAGGUCUGGCUUUAGCUAUUGAGAAGAAAAGCAGAAGGAUAGAGAUAUCACUCUACUGCUUAGCGAGGGCAAUAGAGAGCUUCUUCACUUGCAUGACAGAUGCAGGAUACAUUCGACCGCCCAAGAGUCUAAGAAGAGCAGAUGUGGUUGUGUUUAGCGUUUCAACAGCCAUUAUAAUGCAUUGUUACGCACAGGAAAGAGAAGUAUUUCGAUCAAAAUACUUAAACGUGCUAGAUUGGGUUUUCGGUGUUCCUCCUCCUCCUCUUCCUCCUCCUUGCGAAACAACCUAGAGACAUUCACUCUCUAAUUUACCGACUUCGGAGGGUAAAACAUACGUUAUCGGAAAAUUUGAGAAGUCUUGAAAGUUGUCAACUUUUAACCUGAAGAUCUUUGAUGUGCGAUAGAAUUUGGUGAAAGAAUGUUCAUUUAGAGUCUCUAGGAGUUUUGUUUUGGGUCAAUUUUGUAGACAACUAUCCAUUUGACAAUUUUGGUCCAUCUUAUGGGGACACACCAAUAUGUAAUCUGGACGUCUUACAUGUUCUACACAGUUAAAAUAAGAAUUUUUGUCACUAA